AUGCGAAGUAACAAAUCUUCAGUGUCAUCGUCUUCCACAAUGACUGAAGCAUCAUUCAAUGAAUUAAGAUCGAAAUUAAAUCAAUUUUCCGAUGAUGUGUUCGAAGAUGAUUCAAUCAACCAUGGUGAUAAUGAAGGAAGUGAUUCCCCUCCCAAUUCUAAUGAUGAAACUGUUAACCUUGAAGACUAUACUUUAAAAAGGAGUGAUUCAUCUUCUUCAAUCAGUUAUAUUGAUUUAAAUAAGUUAUUAUAUAUACCGGAUUUUGAUUUUGGUAUUGGAAUUCAUCCCGAUUCCACUAAAAAGAGAUUUGAAACCAUGAAGACCAAAACCAAAGAAAGAUUAAAUAAAUAUUCCAUGCAAUCUAAAGAUUUAUUGAAAUUACAAGAUUUUUUAAACCAAAGAUUAAGUAAGUUCGAUAAACGAAUUCAUAAGAAUUUAGAAAGUUCAAGUACUGAAAAGUUAUUUUAUGCUUUAGCAGUGUUUAUGAUUGCAUGUGGAGGUUUCAUUAUUGGUAAAUAUCCUACAUAUUUCCAUAUCUUUCACACUGUUUUGUUUGUCAUCUUAAUGCCAAUAAGAUUUUAUUCAUAUUUCAAACAAUCAUUUCAAUAUUAUUUGGCGGAUUUAUGUUAUUAUGUUAAUUUAUUAUUAAUGUUAUUUAUUUGGUAUAAACCAACUUCCAAAUCAUUGUUCGUUUCAGUGUUUUCAUUAAGUCUUGGAACUUUAUCAUUUGCAGUUAUAACCUGGAGAAAUUCUUUAGUUUUACAUUCAAUUGAAAAAACUACCAGUUCAUUCAUUCACGUGAUGCCUCCAAUAACUAUGUUUGUAAUGGUUCAUGAAUUACCUAAAGAAUUUUCAAAUGAAAGAUUCCCUGCUUUACAGAAAGUUACUCAUUGGAAUUUUUUCAAUGGAAUUAUUAUUACAUCUAUUUAUUAUACUAUUUGGCAAGUUACUUAUCAUUAUUUUAUUACUAUCAGGAAAAAGAAAGAAAUCGAUAAUGGUAGAGUUACUUCAUUCACUUUCUUGAAAAAUAAAAAUCAAGGUACUACUUUAGGAAAAUUUGUUAAUUCCUUACCUUAUAAUUGGAUGCAAAUAGCUGCUUUCACAUUAAUUCAAUUCUUUUAUCAAAUUUUAACCAUGACUUUCUGUCCCAUUUGGUUUAAAUAUAAACAUUUAUGUGGAGCAUUUGUAACAUUUGUUUUCGUUUGGGCAAGUUAUAAUGGAGCUACAUAUUAUAUUGAUGUUUUCGGUAAAAGAUUUGAAAAGGAAGUCAACAAAUUAAAAUUAGAAAUUGAUGAUUUACAAGCUAGAAUUGAAAGCCAAACUACAUCACCAAUUUUAAAACCUCAUGAUUCAACAUUAGAUGAUUUAAAACACAGAAAACUUUCUGAUGACAAGAAAGAUGAUUAA